UGCUUUCAAUGGCAUCCGUACUGGAGCAUCUUGAUUCCCAGCCUCCUACUUGAAAUAUCCCAAACAUCCAGCAAUUUUGGAUUGGAUAGUUGACUGCUUAACCUGAAAGCCCCCAGAAUCGACACUUAUUGGUGAGAUGCUGCAUUCACGGACGACCAUCUUACUGCUUCUCCAGGGCAGCAUUGCUUGGAAGCUUCCCCACUCAGCAUUCGGCAACUUUGAGUCUCACGAGAAUCAGAUACCAAUCGGCCUCACCAGCAACGAUGAGGUGGAUGCAUUCGGCGCCAGUGCAUUCGCUGGACUGAGAACGUUUGCGAACCUUCCAUACGUAGACUGUUUCUCUACGCGAGAGACCAGGAAUCAUAUAUAUGACAUUGCCGUAUUUGGCGCCCCUCACGAUACUACAACCACAGGUCGCCCAGGAGCACGUUUUGGCCCACCUGCGAUCCGGACAGGCAGUCAGAGGAAAAGCUCGGGGGAAUGGAGUGUUUAUACAGGCCGAAACCCAUUGCAAAGCUGGGCCACUGUGGUAGAUUGCGGGGAUGCCAGGCUCACGUGGUUGGACAACAUAGUGUCUUUGAAGAGACUUGACAAAGCCCAUACCAUGAUAUCCGGUCGACCAGCUGCUAACUCGUCGGUCUCUUUGACGCCAAGAAUCCUGACACUCGGCGGGGACCACACAACGACAUUGUCGGCGCUGCGGUCAACAUAUCAGAGAUGGGGACCUGUCUCGGUUAUUCAUUUCGAUAGUCACAUCGAUACCUGGGAUCCCGCAGUUCUCGGAGGUGGGAUUUCGGAUUAUGCAGGUCUAAACCAUGGAACAUUCCUUCACAUCGCCUACGAAGAGCAUCUGGUUUUGAAUAAUUCGAUUCAUGCCGGUAUACGAGCUCCCUUGAUUCGACGGAAAAGUGAUUUAAGAAACGAUGCUCGUUGCGGUUUUGAGAUCAUCACUGCUCGUGACCUCGAUAAGCUUGGCUCCGCCGGAGUUAUUUCAAAGAUCAAGGAACGGGUUGGCGACUCCAAAGCCUAUAUCAGUAUCGACAUUGACGUACUCGAUCCUGCAUAUGCUCCAGCUACAGGGACAGCCGAGCCAGGCGGCUGGUCUACACGGGAGCUUCUCACGAUUCUCGACGGCCUCGAAGGGCUCUCCAUAGUUGGCGCAGACGUUGUUGAGGUUGCCCCGGCAUAUGACAACAACGGCGAGAUCACUGUUCUCGCUGCAGCCGAGGUCGCUUACUCUUUGAUUGACCUUAUGGUUUUAACACCUGUUCGGUCAAAGGCAGAUGUUGCUAAGUCUGGCUAGUCGGGGUGACAAUGCUCAAGAUUUUUUUCUUUUAAAAAAAGGAAUGUAGCGCCUGCGUGAUAUGACAAUGGACGUUGAGUAGGUCGAGACAACGGGGAAAACAUUGCAUAGCGUACAAUAUGUCAUUUGAAGAUGAAAGACUGUGGCGAUCGGGCGAUAUUCCGUCCUUUCAUCUUUGGGUCCAAGAAUUCAGAGGUUGAGUGCAAGUGACAAUUAUAGCUAUCUUUUUGACUGGCUGAUGAAAUUUGUUGCUUUCGAAAGCUUAGGACAAUGAGGU